UCUAUUCUUUUAGGAUUUUUUUUUCUGUCAUCAAUAGAGCCAGGACAUCUUAAAAUAAGUCGCCAUUUCCGUGCCUGCGUAGCAAAGCACACACUUAUGAUGGAAAAAUAUGCUAUACCUUUGUCUUAUACAUUGUUCAGCCUAUAUAAUUCUUUAUUAAUUUUGCGUAGUGAAAAAAGUAUUUAAAAGUGAUUCAUGCGGCUGCGGAAAUGCCAUUUAUUUAUGUUGGCCUUAGUUGUCUCCAACUUAUUUCUACUUUGGUAUAUGACACAUGUUGAAGAACAAAAGGUUGAAAUACCUGAUCGUGGACAGGCUGACGUAACAAUAAUUAUUCCAGAAUUUGAGCAUUUUGAUAAUGAUAUUGAAGAAACGGUACGCAGCGCUGCUUCUCUGUAUUCUCGUGCAACAAUUCUUGUGUUGUCAGAGACUGUGCCAUAUCCAUUCUUACAUCUGCCUGCAAAAUUAGCAAAGUUUGUCAUACCUGCAAGUAACCCUACUAUGCCAAGUUACCAAUCUAAUCCAUUCUAUUUUAUAAAAACAGAUUACAUUUUGGUUUUACCAGAUGGUGUGCGAUUAAAAGAUGAAGGAGUGCUGGAAGAUCUUGUCUGGAAGUUAAAGGAAACUGCUAAUCAAAAUGUUCUUGUGGUACCCAUAACAUCACAACUUUGUACCAGUAUUAAAGUUAACUUAAAACUUUGGUCAUUAAGAUAUGCUUAUGUAGGGGCAGAUAAAAACUUGUGUGAGGCAUUAACUGGUGAUGUAUUAAUAUUAUUUCAUAAGAAUAUAGUGCAAAACUUCACUGAAAUAUUUAGGCCUCCUUUUUAUGAAUCGUUUUAUAUUCAGGCAAAACUGAGAGAUAUUAAAAUCAAUGUUGUGAGUAAUGAGUAUGUGUAUCCUGGUAAAAUACUAUUCGCGAAUAAGCAUUACAAGUGGAAACAUGAUAGAAAUAUUGAGAGUAAGAAGAUUGGACUUUACAAAAGAUUUGGGAUAAAACGAGUUGUGAAUCAAGAGGGUGUAGAGAAAUAUUAUGGCUGUACAAAAUCAACACAAAGAUGUUUUCCCACAGUACUCAAUGUGCCAUAUUAUUUAUAUGAGGGUAGAUGGACACCUCCCUGUUGCUUAAAUGCUUUACGGGAGACAGCUAGACAUGUAUUUUCCAUGCUUGAAGGAUAUGGGUUAAACUAUUGGUUAGAAGGAGGUAGUCUUUUGGGAGCAGCACGCUCUGGAGACAUAAUACCCUGGGAUUAUGAUGUUGAUAUUGGCAUUUUUUUGAAUGAAGUUACAAAUAAGUCUCGUUUUCUAGCAAACAUAUGGAAUAGUCAGAAAUUGUUUGAUGGAAAAGGCUUUGUUUGGGAGCGGGCAAGAGAAGGUGAUUUUAUUCGAGUUCAAUAUAGUGAAACAAACCAUUUGCAUGUGGAUAUAUUUCCUUUCUAUGAAAAGAACGGUGUUAUGACAAAAGAUACAUGGUUUAAAUCACAUCGGCAAGACAUGGAGUUUCCAGCUCAUUUUUUGAAGCCUUUGAAAAGAAUGCCUUUUAUUGGUAUCAUGGCUCUUGUACCGAAUAAUUAUGAAAAGUUUUUGGAGUUAAAAUUUGGAAAAGGAGUUAUAGAUAAUCCUCAAUAUCCUUUUCCAGAAAAAUUGUUGGGUUUAUCUGUUUAGUUGUUCUUUAUUAACUCUUUCAUAUUUAUAUUUUUUAAAUUUUCUUUAAUCAAAUUACUAAAGCCUAUAACAUGAUAGUUGCAGCUUUAAUGCUCCUUGCAAGAUUAAAUAAUUGGCUUUCUAUUAUAGCUUUAAUUUUCUGUUAAACUUGCUAAUCUUAUUAGUAGAUUUUUUAUUUUUGUAUUUCACCACUUGUUUUCUUACAUCAAUCCAUGUGUUAUUGUAAAUAAAGAUGUUAUUUCUGUUCAGUUGUGUUUUAUUUUCCACAUGAGAUAACUGAUUUACUUUUGUCAUUUUAUUAUUCCCUUGUUUGAUUGUGUUUGCUUGGUUUUUUGUACAGCCCAGGGUGUUCCUAUCAAUUUUCAGAAAACGUCUCUUGAAACCACAAUAUUUGAAUGUUUUUUAUAGUUGGACCUUACAUGCGUAAAAUGUAUUGUAUUUCCAACAAGGUUGUUUGUUCACUCUUUAAUUUGAGACAUGAUUAUGACUUAAGGCCUAUUGGGGUAAACAUUAAGAUAAAAAUAGUCCUUUGUCAUGUGUACCAAGCAGACAGGAUUUUUGAUUUUAAAAAUUAGUUCAUUACAGACAGAUUAAGUGGUAUAAUUAUUAAUUUUGAUUGAUGAAAAGUGAUUAGGAUAUGCACUUUGUUUCUAAUUUUUGAUUUAUAAACAUCCAGCACAUGAUAUUACAGAAAAUAUAAUGGGCAUAAAGUAGAACAAUUUCCUUAUAUUAUAAGACAUCAGUAUACAUGAAGUAAACUUCAGGUAUUUAUUUUUAUUUGCAGUAAAAUUCAUUACCAUGAAUUCAAUGAAUUCAUUACCAUCCUCUGAAAAAGUUACAAGAUACAAAUUUGAGAGACAUCUGAGUAGGUAUAUUAGUUUUAAAUUUAUCAAAUAUAUAAUAUCAAUAUAUUUAUAAAUCCCUUGAUGCAAAUUGCGGCUUAAGUAUACUAAAUUUAGUAUGGCCAGCUUUAGGCAAAGGACAUAUCUUCAGGCUUUGUUUUUGUAUUCACAUUUUGUAUUUAAGGGGUUCUAAUUAGAACACAAAAAAUGAGUGCUAAGAAAGUGGCAGCAUGUGCUAGAAUCAAAAUAUAGGUAAUUGUAACCUCAGUUACAGGAUAGAUGGUUUCUAUUUCAAAAAGAGAAAAUAUUUAUGGAGCAUCAAAGAUCAAACCAUGGUCACUCAACCUUUUUUUGUAUCUAUAUUUAUAUCUGGUUUGUUUUCCCCAUGUAACCAUUAGAAACAUACAGUUUUAAAAGUAUUUUAUUUGUUUGUAUAAUAUUGUUUGUGCAUUUAAAUGAAAAAUUACUUUAAAUAUUUGUUUGUUUGUAUUUACAUAAAUUUGUAAUUGGAAACUAAUCCUAACAAGUUGACUUUAUGUAAAGAGGGUAUUAACAUGGUAAAACUAAUGUUUAAAGUGUUGGAAAGUUGAAAUUGCACUAAACAACUAGGAUUGUCUCAGAUUUUAUAAAAAUUGUUUCAGUGGCAUUAUCGAACUUUGUUUUUAUUGCAUAGUUUGUUCUGUAUUUUUUUAUGAGAUACGUAGUUUUUUCAAUAUGUCUAAAAAAUAUUUCUGUAUCUUUCUUUUGUUUAUCUGUUUUAUGUGCUCUCCUCAGUUGUUAUUGCUGCUAUGCAUGUCCUUUAAACCAAUAGGUUGUACUUUCUCAACAAUAUUGCCCUGUGAGUUCAAAACUAAUGAAAGAAUAUAUAUUUAUUUAUUUUUUUUGUAUUUGUAAACAACUGUAUUUUCAAAAACUUGUGUUUGUGUUGCUUUCUUUAACUUAUGUGUUAACAAGGAAGUCUUUAAUUAGUACAUAGGUUACAGUACGAUUUAUGCAAGUACAAAAAAAGAGUUCUGCAGAUGUGGUUUCGUUUAGAUAUUAAUGUUUUAUGUAUGGAGUAUGGAGUGUGUGUUAUAGUUUUGUUAUUUAGUUUUUAAUAUUUAUAUAUAUAUAGUUCUUUAUGCUCAUUGUUUGUGGCCAGUUGUUUUUUUUUGUAUACUUUUUUUUGUUUGCAUACGUUUCGUUUAUAUCUCAUACAUAGAUGUAAACAUAAGUUUGUAUCAACCUUAGUUGGGCUAGGUUCAAAAAGGUUAAUAAAAUUCUUUUUUCAUACUUUUGCAUUUAUUUAUUUUUUUGUUAUUGUAUUUUUUACUUGUGAAUGUCUAAAAUACAACAUGUUAGUUUUUCUCUAAACAUAUAAAACUGUGUUCGAUGUUGAUUGACAAGUACAUGUAGUGUGCAGAUCCACAUUCAGGUAAAAUGUGAUAUUUAUUAUGUUAGCUACUGUUGUUAUCAUAUUUUUUAUAAAAUAGACUGUUAAAGAUAACUUCUGAGUUUUAUAAAUGUUUACAUAAUUUCAGGUGGAAAAACACUCAUUAUAACACUGAUUAUAUUUUGAUCGUUUUUAUAAAAACAGAAUUUUAAUUCUCCCUGACAUUAUUGUAAAAGAAUUUACCCAAAAAGAAACUAGCACAAAGGUAUUGCACAUGGGUAUAAAUUUAUUGCAUGUGCAAUUUUCACAGGCCUUAUUUAAAUUAACUGCGUACAAACUUAAAAUUUUAUUCACUUAAAUUUUGUUGACUCAAAUACUAUAUUUAUAUUUUUUUGAAUGUUGUUUUUAUAUUUGUCCUUUUUUCUUGUAUUAGUUUUCUGGAGCAAUUAUUUCAACCAUCUUGCUAGUUCAAACACAUUAACUCAAAUGUUUGGGUAUUGCAUAAUCACAAAAUUUGUUAGUUUCCAUGAGCUUUUUUAAUUUAUUGUUUGCAAAAUCUGAAAAACAAACAUUAGGAAAAUAUAGUUCUGAGACAGUCAACUGUUGGCUUUAAAAAGGUGCAGAAUCAGUUUCUAGGCCUAGAACUCAAGUUAACACUAGCUUUAUGUAAAUUAUAUACUACAAUUUUUUUUUUAAUUCCAAGAUUUUGAGUUCUGUAAUUAUUUUUUCACUUAGGUAUACAAUGUUGUCAUGAAAGUUCCAAGAAUUUAAUUUUUUAUUGUGUUAUGUUUAUUGUAUAUAAUGUUUUUACUUUCAGGUGCAUUUGUAGUUUAAGAGGCUACUUUUUUUAAUUUCCAAUCC